AUGGCGGCCCCGGGCUGGGCGCCCACCCACGUGCGGGUGACGGUGCUGCGGGCGCGGGGGCUGCGCGCCAAGGCGGCGGCGGGCGGCAGCGACGCGUACGCGGUGAUGGCGCUGGGCCGCGACAAAUUCCGCACGUCGGUGGCCGAGCGCUGCCGGGGCGAGCCGCUGUGGCGGGAGGAGGCCACGUUCGAGCUGCCCGCCAAGGCCGCCGCGCUGCGCCUCACCGUGCUGCACCGCGCCCUCACCGGCGCCGACAAGUUCCUGGGCCGCGCCGAGGUGGAGCUGGGCCCGCUGAGGGAGGACGGCGGCCGGCGGCACACCAGGUGGUACAAGCUUCGCUCCAAACCUGGGAAAAAGGAAAAGGAGAGAGGGGAGAUCGAGGUGGACAUCCAGUUCAUGAGGAGCAACAUGACAGCCAGCAUGUUUGAUCUGUCCAUGAAGGACAAGCCCCGCUCUCCCUUUGGGAAGCUCAAAGACAAACUCAAGGGCAAGAGGAGCAGUGGCCUCUCAGACACAGCAUCAGCCAUCGUCCCCGGCACCUCCCACUCCCCUGCUGACAGCGAGGAUGAGGCAGUGGAGAAGGAGAAGAAGAAAUCCAAGUUCAAAGCGCUGUUCUCCAAGCCUGGCCUGCAGAAGACGUCGCUGUCCCAGUCCAUGUCAGUGCUGCCCACCCAGCAGCCCCUCACCCCGAGGGUUCGGCUGCGGCCCAGCGACUUCCAGGCACAGUGGGAUGAGGAGGAGGAGUCCCAGACCUCUCCUGCCUCAGAACGAUCCUUUGAGAGCGUGCCAGAACAGAAGCCAGCUCCUUCUCCUCUGUUCAAAUCUCGUAAACCAGCCUUUUUGGACAGUAGGCAGCCAACCCAGGGAACCACCAACCACACCAAAAAGGAUGGGCUCUCCUUGUUCAGUGGCCUUAAAUCCAAAAACGAUCCCGUGUCCAAGUCCAGUCUGUGCAUCAAUGGCAGUCACGUCUAUAUGGAAGAGACCACAACAAAGGACAAGACUCCAGCCUCCUCCCCCUCUCCUCACAACCUCAGGAGGAAGCAGCUCUUUGCUUCAGAGGAGAACCUGUCCUCCAGGUCCACUAAACCACCUGAAGAGAUGGGGAGAACCUCUCCUGGGCAGGCAUUCUCUGGCUCCACAUCCUUGGAGACCUUCAAAUCCAUGACUUUGCCAUCAUACAAACUGCUCAGCAGUGAGGAGCACCUGGACACCAGCGUUCCACCAAGCAUUGAGCCUGUCAGGGAGACCAAAAAACCAGACCACAAAAAGUCUGCCUUGCUCUCCCUGGUCUCUGGGAAGAAGGAAAUGGUGAAGCCCAGCGAUGCUGAGAUUCUCCCUGACAGGACCCUGCAGAGUGAGGAAAAUACAGUUCCAGAAGAGAAGAGUGAAGAGGAGGCCAAAUGCCCUGAAGGCCCAGCAGAUGUGGGCAGAGGGAGCCCCUCAGGAGAUGCUCACCAUGCAGAGGAGGCCAUCACAACCAAGCAGCAGCUCAGCCCUUGUGAGGAGGAACAGAAACCUGAGAAAGCUGCACCAGCCAAGACCAAAGCUGUGAAACCCAGACUGGGCCUGUCUCCAGAGGAGGAACCCAAAGCCACGCUUCCCACUCUUGCACCUGCCCCCCUCCCUGCUUUCCUGUCUGUGCACCCUAUCAGCAGUGCCAAUAAUCCUUUUAUUUCUGAAGCGGGGCAGACAGUCCAAGUGCCAGACUCUGAAAACAUCACUCCUGCCUCUCUCACUUCUCCUGCUUUUGCUGCAGAGCUCUGGAAUGACAAGAACCCUUUUAGUGCUGAGUGGGACAGGGCACCCAGAGCCCUGGAUCCCAACAGCAUCACCCAUUUCCCUUCAUCCCAUCAUCCUGCAGCCUCUGUUCCCACAGUGCCUCUUCCUGGGCAGGUCUCUGCCAGGGGCAAUAAUCCUUUUGCUGCUGGCUGGGGGCAGGGUCCUGAGGGCUCUGAGGCUUCCCAGGGUCUCUCUGACCCACACACACCUUCUGUCCCCUCUGGCUGUCCUUUCAAUGACAACAAUCCCUUCGUGUCCAGGCGUGGGGCACAGGCAGUGCCAGCUGCCCAGGCUGGUUCUGCCCCUUGCUGCCUUCCUGCUGGGGGGGAUUGUUCCUCUGCAGGACCCCCUGCUUGUGGUGCUUCAGGGGGCUCUGCACGUGUGGCUUUGACCAGCGAUGUCACAGCUGUGCCACACCCUCUGGGCACCUUGUCUGACCCCCCUGGGCUGGCUCCAGAGCCACGCUGGGAUUCUGCCCAGCUUCAGCCUGAGGGUUCUGUGGAAAGCAGCAAGGCAGGCCCUGGGAAAUGUGUGUCCUUUGUCCUUGGGGGAUGGCAGGGUGUUCCAUCAGGUGAUGCAGGUGGAGAGCAGCCCCUGGAUCCCAGGGGGAGGUUACAGAUGAGUUCAGGGGCAGCAGAAGAGCCAGCAGGGUUUGGGGGUGACCCAUCAACAGAGCUCUCUGGGGACAGCACACAUCCCACCCGGAGCAGUGAUGGAGCAGCUGUGGAGGCCACUGGUGUGAGCAAAGGUUUUGUGUCUCUCUCCAAGUGCAGUGACAGCCUCGUGCCAGAGGCUGAGCAGGCACAACCCCCCAGGAGUGAGCUCAGGGAGGGGCAGGAGCCCUGUGGUGGAAAGCAGUGUGCAGAACGUGUGCCCAUGUCAGAGCCCCAGGCACCUCCAGCUGCUGGCAAUCAGCCACUUCCUCCAGUCCAGCCCACACCCAGAGCCUGCAGGGUGUGCCCUGGGGAAGGGGGUGCAGGGAGGGCUGGCAGGGAGCCCCCAAAGCCAGCCCCACGAGUGGCUGUGCUGCUGAGGAAACCCCCAGGGACCCCCCAGGCUGAUGCUCCUGCUCCAGGGGAUGCUGCAAACUCCACCCCAGGGCUCCCAUUCCCUGAGGCCUCAGCUGCUCAGGGGGGCUCCUUGGGCACUGUCACCCCUGCAGUGGCACCCAGGGGUGUCAGUCCCCAGAGAGGACAGAGCAGGCCUGUAGAAAAGGAGGGUGGUGAUGCUUUGUCUGUCUGUCUGACAAAUGUCAGGUCUGCCCUUCCUGUUCCUGGAGACCGCGGCUCGGUGCUGCCCGUGAUCCCUGAGGGAAGCUCUGAUGAGGAGCUGCUGGGGGACUGCCAGGACAGCUGUGGGGCCCCUGCAGGUGACAGAGGUGUUGUGGGGAAUGGAGGGCAGCCCAGAGGUGUGACAGCUUUGCAUGGAGAGCAGAGAGAGCUCUCUGAUAGCUCUGCUGCUGCUCCAGGAGGAGGAGGAGCAGGAGCCAUUCCUGGUGCUUGUGAGCCAGGGAGGAGUUUGGCUGAGCUGCCUGCUGCACUGGGGGCUCCCAGGGUCUCUGUCCAAGGAGCUGACUCAGGUUUAGCUGUGACAUCUCAUUCCAGGGAGUGUGACACUCAUUCUGAGAAACAGCAGCUGGAAAGGAGUGCAGGUGCUGAGGAGCGUGCAGAGUGUGACUUCUCUGAGCCUUCUGCUUUCUCUUCCUCCCUGUCAAGUCCUUGCCAGCCCCACUCUUCCUCUCAUUCCCUCCUCUCUGACACCCCGAGUUGUAGAGCAGAGUCUCCGAAAAAGCCGAGAGCCGAGGGCUUCGCAGAUAAAGCGGGAAAUUCGGGCAAGAAGAAACUUCUCCAGGCACGGGUCUCACCCUCUGAAACGUCCCCUAACCACCCCCCAUGGGGUGAAACCGUGUCUCCCCAGCACAGACUCCAUCCUGUGAAGCCAAUGAAUGCCAUGGCAAACAAACCUCAGAGCAAGAACCUGAAUGUCAUCAGCACCAUGAAUGAAAAGCUGCUGGAAAUGAGUGUGAAGAAAUAUGAUCCCUCAGACCCUGCCUAUGCCUAUGCUCAGCUGACACACGAUGAGCUGAUCCAGCUGGUGCUCAAACAGAAGGAUACCAUCACCAGGAAGGACCUGCAGGUGAGGGAGCUCGAGGAUUACAUCGACAACCUGCUGGUCAGAGUCAUGGAGGAAACCCCAAACAUCCUCAGAGUCUCCGUGUCUGGCAACAAAAAAGCUGGGAAGAUGUGAAAGGUCUGGUGGGCAAGGACUGAUCCCCCUCAGGGGAGGGUGAGGAGCUGCUGGUGCUGCUUGUGCUGCUCACAGAAAAUGAGUUUUUCCUCUUCCUGCCUUGAGCAACCCUCAGAUUGAUUAAUAGUCCCAUCAGGUCACCUUGCUGUAUUUAUUUUUUUGGUUUCUUCCCAUUGUUUGGGAAGGUCAGGCAUUAAUG